AUGGACGUGGUGCAGGUGCUCGCCUCGGCGGCCCAGCUGGUCUCGGCGAUGGUGUCCGCGGUCGGGGCACUGGAGCAGGCGGCGUCGGACCUCGCGGAGGCUCCGAGGAGGCUGCAGGUGCUGGAGAACUUCGUGUCCGACCUCGACGCGCUGACGGAGCAGGCAAGGCAGCGGCACGCGCACAAGCUUCACGGCCCGCAGCUGGACCGCCAGUUCCAGAGCCUGGGCAGGCUCAUGGACCAGCUGCGCGGGAACGUCGCCAAGGCCAGGAAGGUCCUGAGCGGCAACGGGAAGGGCAAAGGGAAGGGGUUCGCCAGGCUGGUGCGGAGCUCCGUGGCGGGCGACCCGCUCAUGUGGUACGUCAGGCUGAUCAGGGACGACCUCAACCAGUGGCUGGAGCUGCAGGAGCUGACCCAGAGCGUCGGCAAGGUCAUAGCGUCGACCGCCAGGAGCACGCCGGCGUUGUUGAGGGUUAAGUCCGAGCAUGGGUACCCGGUGUCGAAGAAGUGCAGCUAUGCCAGCGAGCUGUUGGAGAGGGAUGGGGCUCAUCGAGUCGUCCUCAUCGUCGGUCUCUCUGGUAUUGGGAAGUCAUGCCUUGCGCGACAAAUUGCUUCUGAUCCGCCUUUUAGUUGUGUGGAUGGUGCGAUUGAGAUUGGUUUUGGGCGGUGGUGCAGCAGGGCAGCAUGUAAUGGGAGCAGAAGCGAGUACCAUAAGCGCCGUGCUAGGAAGAUCUGCACGUUCCUUGUGCAGAUCGGCUCCAUGACUGUCAAGGAGGAGGUUGGAAAAGAUCUUGAUGAUGUCUGUUGCUUGCUCCAGACAGCAUUGGUCGGAAGGAGCAUGCUGAUCCUACUUGAUGAUGUUUGGGAGCAAGACGUUGUUGACCGCUUCACAAGACUAUAUGAUAAUGAUUGCCAGUAUCUCGUGACAACAAGGGAUGAAGCUAUCUACGAGAUAGCAGAAGCUGAAAAGGUAGAAAUAUCCAAAGAUGACAUCAAGGAGAUCAGCAGGGAGAUUCUUCUCUAUCACAGCCUUCUCAGUGUUGGAGAGCUUCCGGUAUGCAUUACUCUUAGCCUUGAUGGCCCGUCGUUAGUUUCAGCUGCGUAUCACAUCUCUUAG